CCGGAUACGAACCGGCGUUGCCCGCGGCCGUCAGUUUGGUUGGAGCAUCAUGGAGCGGUACCAGAAGCUCGAGAAGGUCGGCGAAGGGACGUACGGCGUCGUGUACAAGGCCAAGGACCGCGUGACGGGCGAGAUCAUCGCGCUCAAGAAGAUCCGGCUCGAGGCCGAGGACGAGGGCAUCCCAUCGACGGCGAUCCGCGAGAUCUCGCUGCUCAAGGAGCUGCAGCACGCCAACAUUGUGCGCCUCUACAACAUCGUGCACACGGAGCGCAAGCUCACGCUCGUCUUCGAGUACCUCGACCAGGACCUCAAAAAGUACCUCGACGUGUGCGAGAAGGGCCUCGAGAAGCCGAUUCUGAAGAGCUUCCUCUUUCAGCUCCUGCGGGGCAUUGCCUACUGCCACCAGCACCGCGUCUUGCAUCGCGACCUGAAGCCCCAGAACCUGCUCAUCAACCGCGAAGGCGAGCUCAAGCUCGCCGACUUUGGCCUCGCCCGCGCCUUUGGCAUUCCCGUUCGCAGCUACACACACGAAGUCGUGACGCUCUGGUACCGGUCGCCCGACGUGCUCAUGGGCUCGCGGAAAUAUUCGACUCCCGUGGACAUUUGGAGCAUUGGCUGCAUCUUUGCCGAGAUGGCCAACGGCGGCCCGCUCUUUGCCGGCACGUCCGAGGGCGACCAGCUCGACCGUAUCUUUCGUUUGCUUGGCACGCCGACGGUCGACAUCUACCCGGGCAUGGUCGACCUGCCCGAGUACAAGCCCGAUUUUGCCAUGUACCCGCCACCGGACAACCUAGCGCACCUCGUGCCGUCUCUCGACCCCGCAGGCCUCGACCUGCUCGAGCAAAUGCUGCGCUACGACCCGGCAAAGCGCAUCACGGCUGCGGACGCGAUGAAGCACGCCUAUUUUAACGAUCUGUCGUCGGCGAUCACGGACGUCGGCAAGUAGGAACCAUUCCACUAUCAUCUGUUUGUCGACUUGUAAAUCAUCAAGGCCAUUCUGUGAGAUUGUUG